AGAGAGAGAGAGAGGGACUGCUGAGUUUGUCCACGUCGCACCUCUGGUCCAGCUGAAGAGAGGGGCCGCGCCUCGUCCUGAACGCUCCCUCAGACCAGCAUCAUGGUGGACCUCUUCCUUGGGAAGGUUCUAGUGAAGAACAACUGGGACAAGGACGAGCUGGAUACGGAGAAAGAGAUCAUCCUCCGCCUCCAGAACCGGAUCCUGAUGCUGUUCUUCGGGUCGGGCGAGUGCGCGCGGUGCCAGGAGUUCGCCCCCACGCUGAAGGACUUUUUCAAGCGGCUGACGGAUGAGUUUUACGUGGAGCGCUCCGUCCAGCUGGUGCUCCUAUACAUCUCCAUGGAUACCACAGAGGAAAAGCAGGAGGACUUCCUCGGGGAACUGCCCAGCCGCUGCCUGUUCCUGCCCUAUGAGGACAGCUACAGGAAGGAGUUGGAGGUGAUGUUCAAGGUGGAGGAAACCCCCACAGUGGUGGUGCUUCGGCCGGAUGGCUCAGUGCUCUCCCUGAAUGCCGUGGAGGAGAUCUGCAGGCUGGGUCCCGGCUGCUUCCAGAACUGGCAGGAGGGGGCUGAGCUCAUCGACAGGAACUUCAUGAUGAACGAGGAGUUUGACGAACAUAAAAUGCGCAGCAUCACAGACCCAAUACGCAGAAUUAAGUACAUGGUGGAGAAGAAGAAAGGAGACGGCUACGAAGAAGAGGGGGAAGAGGAAAAGGGAGGACAGGGCCGAUGGGGGUAAAGAUGGGUCGGGACAUCCAACUUUGUAACCGUGCUCUUUAUCGCAUCGAGCCUCGUUAACAUCUCGUCCCCGCCCCCACCCCCACCCCCAGUUCAAUGAUAGAGUGACUUCAGCAAAACCCCAUUCCACGAUUUGCUGAAUUGCAUUAAAUUACAUUACCUGUGUUUGGCAAACUUACAAUGAGAAUACAGAUGCAUAAAUAGUUACUCCUCUUUGGGAAGAGCAGUACACAAUAAUGAGAUGUACAACAUUGCAGAACAACAAGAUUACUGUGCAAAAAAAUAUUGAUACAUAAUGUUGUCACAAAAUAGCGCAAUCAAUAGUAUUUAAUAACUGUUCAAGUCAAGUCAUCAAGCUGUUGGCAGAAGUGGUAGGGAGAGUAGGGGGAGGAGCCAAUGUAUGAUUUGAAGAAGUGAUUCUUCAGACAGAGGCAGCAGAGGUCUUUUCACCAACGGGGGACCAGGACAGACAGCAGGCGUGACCUGGAAGUACAGGCAAGCAGAGGGGGAGGAGCCAGGCAUGCUGAGGUCGCAGAAAAAACAGGUCUAGGCUUGUCUGUAAGAUUUGAAGAUCUUGCAAAGGUAAACCAGGGCAUCCCCUUAGCAACCAUGUAGUCUAGCAUCAAGGUUCUGAAUUUCAUGUGAGCCAGAACAGUGGAGGGAUGUGAGAAAAGGACAUGAGAAUGUGAGAAUGCUUUAAGAGGUUGUAGAUCAGUUGAGCUGCAGCAUUCUGAAUGAGCAGGAGGGAUCAGCGAGAGGAUUUGGAGUCGUCCGGCUGGUAGAGAACCAGCUCUUGGGCCAAAAGAGCCGGUUCUCAGCUCACCUGGCUCACACGGUAUAGAGAGAGAGGAAGAGGGGACCCAGGACAGAGCCCUGGGGGACACCUUUGGUGAUACUGACGUGUUGAAACAGGACCACCCCAGCCGACCUAGAAGGAAUCACUGCUGAAGUAGGAUGCAUACCAAUCCAGGGCAGUGCUGUGGAUCCCCAUUGUGGCAAAAAGGAUCUGAUGAUCAAGUGUUGAAGGUUGUAGAGAGGUGGAGACGGAUGAGGACAGAGGCUGCUCUGCUCUCUCUUGAGCGGCAAGGUCUGAACCCCGACUGGUGUGGGUUAUUAUCUUAGAGAAAAGUAGAGAGUUGGUUGGAGAUGGUACGUUCAAGGGUUUUAGGCAGGAACAGAAUAUGAUAUGUGUGUACUGGACAGUGGCCAUCCUGUAUUAACCGGUGGUGGUGUGGGCAGGGAUUAUCACCAUGGUGAUGCAGUUUGUUGUGAAAGAAGCAGAGGGAUGUUCUCCCAGACAGCUUAUCUGGGAUCUGCUGACCCUAAAACCUAAUCCAGUUUACAACUGACCCCAGAUCAGUGCUAAGCGGUAAUCUGCACCUGUAAGAAUUUCUCAUCUUCCACCAACUCCAUGUUUUUAAGAGUUAACUCUUAAACUCCAGUCGUGGAGGACGGUGGUGUUUUUACGAGCAGCUGAUUUGGGCGAGGAUAAAACGUGCGGUCACUUUAUCCAGGAGCACACUGAAAACCAGCAGACAUUGUAGCCCUUUGCGAUUGCUGUUUGAUCCCUUUUUGUAAAAGCGGAUCCCAGGACAGGCUCACUGACAGCCUUGUUUUUGCUCUGUGAAAGAGAAGAAAUUAUGAUCCUGAUCAGUAAAAAUCCUGAGCAAUAGCACUGCGAGGAUUAUACAUGGCUGCCAUUUAGCAAACACUCUUACUUCAGGGUUGAAGGCUCCACUCUCUGAACUUUACACUACAUUCCCGCACUGGGCCGCUAUCAGAUACGCUCAGGAGGCAGGGCAGGUGAGCACAACUCAAAGCCUUCAGGCCUGGUUAACCACCAGCCCCCCCCUCCCAGUGCACAUGGACCCCUAAAUAAAGAGGCGGGUUGCCAUCUCCCCGGCUGUCGCCCAUAUGUUGCUCUUCAUUCUCCCUCUGAGCAGAUGCUAAUUAAGGAUUUAAACACACUUAAUUACUAGGUGGUGGCACAGAGUCUGUUGAUUAAUUAAUUGAGAAACAUCAAGCGAUCAUCAGGCUCACACCGUUACCUAUUAAAUGAAGCAAUAAAAGGCUGUCUAGUA